AUGAGCUCGUUUGACGCUAUCACUUUAGAAGAACAGCCGUUGUAUCAGGAUGUUCCCGAAUUUGACGAUAUCAACCGCCAGAUUAGCAACACUCUUCUCGAUGUCAACAAUGGUCUAAGCAACCUAAAUAAGAACCUCAACUUUCUCCAGGAUGCAAUCGAUAAAGAUCAGAAUGCGCAAAAGUACCAUCAAAAUUCUUCCAAGCUUAUAUCGCGGCUUUUUGAGCUGUUCAAGAGUGUUUCGGAUGACACGCGAAGACUGAAUCAAUUAGAUCCUUCAUUGCUCAAUAAAUCACAAACUUUUGUGAAAGAUAAACUGAACACAAGUUUGAAGCGGGCUUUACAAGAUUUCAACGAACUGCAAUCACUCUACACCUCUCUGGAAAAAAAGAUGAAUGAGAAGAGCGCCAGUCUCAUUUCACACGAAACAGAAGGCGGGUCAGAGCCAUCGUCACGGGAACAGCAGCAGCAGCAGCAGGUUGUCAUUGAGUACGAACCUUUGAAUGCAGAGGAAGUUGAGUAUCAACGGGCUCUUAUCGAGGAAAGAGAACGAGACAUCGAGAACAUUUCGCAGGGAAUAGAAGAGCUCAAUCAAAUAUUCCACGAUUUGUCGAAUAUAGUGGUCGAACAGGGUGGGUUGAUAGAUAACAUCGAGUCCAAUCUAUACAGUACAUUACAUGAUACCCAGCGCGCGUCGAAACACCUUCAUAAGGCAGACCGCUACCAAAGGAACAAGCGGAAACUUUGCUUCUGGCUCUCGGUAAUUGUGAGUGUGGUAUUCCUGUUCCUAGUGCUAAUCGUUGUGGCAUAA